GGGUUUCAGUUUUACAUUCACUUCUACAAGACUACAACUACGAUGGGAAGCAAAAACUCAUACCGCCGACCGACGACCGCCACCGGUUUCUACUAAUCCGAUUCCCGACUCGGCGACGCAUAUCGCAGUAUCGGAAACUGCUCACUUAUUUUAUCAUCUACAGAUCUACUUAGCUUUCUUUCUGAGAUUACAGAGACGGCUUCUCGGGACUGAGUUUAGUGAAGCACAGCUUCUGCAUUUCCCCUUUUUCUCGUGUUUCUCUCAUCCUCUAUUUCUCUGGUGACUGAGAAUCCGUGUACUGAGCUGCUUUCGGAACCAAGAAAUGAACUUUGGGAGACUAAAGAAUGUGGUAGCUGCUGCAGCCAUUGAAGGGGUGACUGAGGCAAGGGCCAGGAUAUUUGGUCAUGUGCUUAAUCCAACCGGGCAGAGAUCAUCCCACAAGGUUUUACGUAAGAAGCUCAUCGGUGAGAAGGUGUCACAAUGGUACCCACAUGAUAUCAUGAAAGAUGAUCCUCUUGUGAUGGCACGUCAAGAGCAAGAGCGCCUGAGCAAGCUUGAAAUGCUUAAACGUCGUGGAAAGGGACCUCCUAAGAAGGGUCAAGGCAAGCAGGCUAAAAAGCGUAACAAAUAGAGAUGAUACUUUCACCAUCUUGCAAAUUGGCUAUUUCUAUGGGUUAUACUCUGCGCGAUUUGAUCGCCUUCUUGUUUCUGAUCUCAUAGCAUUUCUUUCUACACUCAAUCAUCUCCUUUCAAUGUAGUCUUUUGUUUUCAUGCUUGUUUCUGAUUUGUAAUGCAACUGAUACACAUUUGUUAGUAUCAACUAAAGUGAGUUUAGGGGUUGAUUGGUUUGGAGGAACAUUUGGGGUUUAUUAGUUCGAAUGAAUAAAAAGUGUAUCCAAACUUUAUUAACUACAAAA